AUGGCGUCCGCGCGGCGAUUGGCCGGCGAUGAUCCGCGUCUUCGGAGAUUGUACACCUGUGCUCGAUGUAUCGUCCACACUGUGUGCGCCGUUAGGCCCGGCACCAGCCGUUCACCAGCCAGUACCUGUCUUCCGGUCCCGUCCUACGCGCGAAAGGUAUCCCUGUGCGACGAUUAUAGUCUGCCAGUGGACUUCGUGAACAAAAGACGUCCUGUGAGUGCUGUUACCGCAACUUCCACUGUACAGUGGGCGCUACCCAGUCCUACCGUCGAAAACGCGGAAGUCGAAGUUGUGGAACAGUAUAGCGACCCCAGGGAUAGUAAGAACAAGGCGUACGUCGAACCAGGAGCGGAUACGUCUUUGCCGACGAUUUACAGCAAAGUAAAUCGCAACUAUUGCCGACCUUAUACGGACCCUUCGGCUUCGGCAUCGUCCUGCGAGGAUGACGACGACGGUCGCCAGGCGGACAUCAGAAAGCGCAAGAACAGCGUGUACGCGUCUUCCUCGACACGGGCUGCCUCGGUAGACAGGGACAAGGAAGUAGCGUCGUUGGGCUGCGUAGCCCUGGUGCACCAGACGGAUCAAUCACCCACAGAGUCUAAUCAACCGAUACGUCAUCCGUCACCCUAUUACUACGGCGACCUGUUCAAGGUGCCCGAGCAGAUCAGCAAGACGCAACCGAACAAGUACAGGAAAAGCGUGAGUCUCGACGUGCCGGGCGAACGUUCGAGAACACCCGGUAUACCGAAGAGGAACUCCGUAGCGGGCGAUGGGGGUACCUAUUCGUCUCAGCAACUACAACAGCAGCAGCAACAGCUGCCGCAGCCGCAACAUUAUCGUAGCGAGGAUCUAGUGAGCCCCACGUCGGGGAGCGAGCAUGCUGUCCCAGCCAGGAACGAGAUCCUCUCGUCGUGCAUCAUCACCGAGUGGGAUCACACACUCAUGCCUCCGCAUAGACUGUUGAGCCAUGACCUGCCUACCACGGUUUGUACCUGUAUCGCAUCGCCAGACGAAGAGGAGGAUGAGCUAGAUGAACGGCAGCCGCAUCUAACGCGGCAUCAAGUGCGCAAGCUACGACGUACACGCAGAAUAGAUCCGCAACCGAUACUCGUCGAGGACGAGGACGACGUGGAAGGAGAGGACGAAGGCGAGGAAGAGGAGGAGGAGGACGCGGAGGCGGAGGAAGACGAGGAAGAAAUGGCUAGGCAACGUCACCUCUACGAGACGGCCUUCGACUGCAAGGUCAAUCGGUCCGACGACGACCUGGACGACCUUGAUCGGGUCACCAAUCAUCCAGUCUUGCACUCGCAGAUAAGAAGCAGUAGCGCGAUACCAGUGAGCAGAACGAGUUCGUCGACGGACACGUCGAAGCAGCAGCAGCCGCAGCAGGUCCCGUACGCCGGGCAGUCCCACAGCAGCAAAGACAGACGCAAAGUCGUACUUCUCCGCCCAAAACCAAUUCCGAGCCGUCUUCAGCAACAGCAGCAACAGCAACAACAGCAAUCAGACAAUAUUUCUACUCUGUCCCAAGAUAUCGAAUCCCUCCAGAUAAACUCAAGCGACGAGAAGAAUGGUUCGCCCCGGCUGCCAGCCAGGGGUUACACACCGUCGCCUCCAUCCACGGCACCGUUGCCGGCCAAGUUCCACGGGAACCGGGAUCACUUGUUGCUGAAUAUACGCAGCACACCGAAUCUACCUUCGCAGCCGGACCAUCCGCGGCUGAAGGACUUGAGACUUCCGGUCAAGUCUCUGCUGAGGGCCAAGGACUCGCCGCAGAGCAGCGAGGGCAGCAUACUGGAGAUCAAAAGCAGACCGAAGAACUUUGCUCAAGAGAACGUGGAGUCCACCCAGGGGCGACGUUUCGACAAGGAGCUGAUACUGGAGUUCAAGGGCAGGCCGAGGGAGGAGAGGCAACGACCGCGUAGCUUGAUCCGCGAGAGCAAGCCUAUCAUGGAGUUCAAGGGCAGGCCCCACGAGGCCGAGAGCGAUCUGUUGCGACCGCGUCGCGACGUGGGCCUCCUGGAGUUCAAGUUGAGGACCAGCAGACGCAGACCGGGAUACUCGAGCACCGAGAGCAUGGCUACCAGCAGCAGCGGGGGCAGCAUGGAGUCCCUUCGCAGCAGCACCAGCGAGGGCAACAGGUCCACCAGCAGCUCGGAGAGCCGUCACAGCACCAGCCUCAGCUCCCACAGCUCGGACAGCGGCAGCACCAACUGCUACCACCAUCAUCAUCAUCACCAGCAACCGUCGAUGACCGGUUUCUUGACCCAUCACGCGAACAAGCUGCACAUACUGUCGCCCAUUUCCGAUAAAUCGUCCCAGGAGCCAGCGUCCGAGACCUCGGACAACAAUCGGAACAACAACUCGCAGAAGGCCUCGCCCGAGGAGAACGUCACCACGGAGAACAACGUGACAGCAUCCAACAAUACUAAUACGAAUACAGUGAACACGAACACGAACACGAAUUCCGUGACCUCGCCCAUGGACACGUCGUUCAAGAAGAGGCGAGCCCCGCAGAACAAGAAUCUGAUCAAUCUGGCCCUGCAGUCCUCGUCAUCGGGCGACGCCGAAAUCCAAGGCUCGGACAGCGGAAUCUCGAUCGAGUCGCGGGCUGGGAUCAAAUGCAAGCCGUUCGGUUCCCACUUGCUGAAACCGCAGCUGGAUAAUAUCAAUUUAGUUGAUAACGAGCCCGAGCUGUCCGAUCUGCCGUUCGACAUGCCCAAGCUGCGGAGGAGACGAUUGCUUAUGCAACAGGACGCCACAACAUCCGGCAGCGCGACCAGCGUUGAUUUGAGAGACUUGCCGUUCGAUAUGCCCAAGCUCAGAAGAAGACUCAGAUGCAUGCAGAGCACCGAAUCCAGCGGCUCACAGGCGUCGUCGAGUUUGUCUGUCAGAGACGUGGAACCGCCAGCCCUUUUCGGCGGCGGUCUGGCGCGUCCGAAGAUGACACUGAAUCUGGACGCCGGCAACGGGACGAACAGCGUCGGGAACCCCGGUCAGUUCGCCCCGAAAAAACCCGGUGGUCUGAGCCUUGGAUUGCCGCUGGAGAUUAGCACCGCCCGUGGAUCCGCCGAUCUCGUUGACGUGGACCUUCCUCUCGAGAGACAAGGGUGGUACCACGGAUCCAUCACGAGAAUCGAGGCGGAAGCUGUCCUACGACUUCUGAGAGAAGGAAGUUAUUUGGUGAGGAACAGCGAAUCGACCAAACAAGAUUAUUCUCUAUCGCUGAAAAGCGCCCGAGGUUUCAUGCACAUGCGCAUCCAGAAGAACGAGGACCUGAACGCGUACAUUCUGGGCCAGUUCAGCAAGCCGUUCGACAGCAUACCGGAAAUGGUUCGUCACUUCAGCGUGAACCGUCUGCCGAUACGCGGUGCCGAGCACAUGUGUCUUUUGCAUCCGGUCAUAGCUCAGCUUUUGUAGCGCAUCUAUCGUAGCGCCGUUUAAGGCGCUCCUACUUUUUUGAUAUCCCGUUUAUUUCGAAAACGCAGAGGCUCGAAAAAUGACGUCGAACGUUCGCGACGAGAAAGAAAGAGAUAAAGAGAAAAAAGAUAACAUCUUAGAAAACAAUACGUCGCGAAGAACUUUGGGUUGCCGUGCAUAUUCGACGCGCAUCGUACUUCGAUUCAAUUUCCAUUUUCGUCUCGCGUCUUCGCGACGAACUUUCCGAGCUUCCGAGGGGAGACCAGCGAGCCGCGAACCGUGGAAGAACAAGUCAGGAAUCGGAACUGUUCGCGGGCGCAACACAGUACAAAAUCAGUGAAAAGUUUCUGUAGGCUUAGCGAACGAUCUCGAGAAUAAUCUUGCUCGUUCACGCGAUCCCGCGAAGUCCGUGCGUUCGUAGAGCUUUUUAUCAGCCGCCGUAUUCGGGGAAGCGAUCGAGAUUCAUUCAUCGAUGAACUUAAACCCUUGCCCUCCCCUGAAAUGACCGUCGCGUGAACCUUUUAUUUUCGCGUAGUGGAUUUUGGAUUCGAGAUUUCGUUCCUCUUGCAUCUCGGGGCGAUGGAGUAUUCGCGUACGGUAGAAUCGCAAGGAAAGAGCUACGAGCAGAGAGAGAGGUCAGAGUCGAGAGAGGAGCUCUAAAACGGAUAGAUUCUAGAACGCUUUAUCGCGAGAGACGGACGAAUUUAUGGGUGUUCGAGGGCCGAGUCGUUUCAGAAUCGUCUUUCGAGGCGAGAGCUUUACAAAAUGGUUGUUCCUUGGUGGCCGUCGAGGCCACGGCGUUCCGUAUAAGAAAACUAUCGAUGGGAUCAGAGUCGUACAAGCUGCUAAUCCGAGAAGGUUGCGAUGUAAUGCGUAUUUAGGUUUAGAUACACACGUAGAUGGCCGGCGUUGGCCACUACGACGGAGCUGGAAGCCAAAGAAGAGCUAUGUAAGUCGUGUUUGUUCGUUCGUGCGAGGAGUAAACGUGCGAGGAUGGUGAGUCGAAAGGACCGCGGUCGCAAUGCCAAACUUUACAGCUAAUCGUAAUCAUUUAAUCAGAGUUUAAGUUGUUUGUCGUCGUUGAUGAGCGAUUGGGCUCGGACCAGCAAGCGGAUCGACUGUUUUUUUCGGGUUGGUAAUGCGAGAAAAAGAUGAGAGAGAGAAACAGAGUGAAGGACGCGAAAAAAAGAUGUCUUAACGACGAGAGUGAGGAUCGAAAAGGAGCGAAGGGACGAUCGAGGUCAGCCAAUCCGAAUCAUCGAUGGCUCGUCGCUCGGGUCAUCCGUCCGACAGUCUCUUAUUUUUGGGAGAUUUUUGCGAGAGAUGGCAACCGAUACAUAUUUUUUCAUGUGAUAACAAUUUGUUACAGAGAUAGCCUAGUUUCACCUGUGAUCUGUUACUUAGUUCCCUUUGUCCGUGUCUGUUGGUCGCUGUGUGCAAUAUUCUCGUACGGUACGAUUAUGGUAACGAUAAUAAUAAUAUUAACAAUAACAUUAAUAAUAACAACACUAAUAUUAGUAUAUAGUAAGAACAGUAACGGUAAUCGUUAAGACGCUAUUAUUUAAUAUUGGGUAGCCAGCAACGACGCGCGAUCAGGUGCGACACGAGAGACGUCCGUGGUGUUACAAUAAUUAUUUCGAUGAUAAGGAUUUCGAUUUGCGAACGGUUGUGAGGGAAAUUUUAUUGGUUCGUAACCGAAACCAUACGUUUUACUUAUGACAUCGAUUAAGCGAACCUUUUGGAGCCCACUGUGCGCGUAGCGAGUGCCGCGAAAUCACGGUAGAAGCCUGGAAUAAUUUCGUCCAACGGUUAGGCGAUGGAACUCGUUAUCCUCUUGAUACUAGUCAUUACGUGGUUUCGUUCAUUGGAUCGUUUUCGAUCGAUUUUCAACGUUGCACACGGCACUCUCUACCGUUUUCCUUCAGUUAGGUUUCAACGUAAUACACACACACACACACACACGUACACAUACACACAUACAGGUACAGAUACACGUUGUACUUUAAGCUGCCAGUAUUAUUAACUGUAAUCGAUAAUGCAUAUCCAUGUUAACGUUUAAGACAUUAUAUUGUCCCCCUCCUAACGGAUGAUUAUGAAAAGUAUACUCUAUAUAUAUUUAUUUGACAUUCUAUUUAUUGCAUUGUGUCGUUAAAGCCAAUGAUCUUACGUCAUGGUUUCCGUGUAUACCGUUGAUUUAACCCCGUAAGAUCAUAGCGAAGUAAAUUCAUGGUAAUCUCUGUAGGUCUUAGAGAAACGUAGAUUAACCGCCACUUACCAAAGGAUAAACGAAACGAGGCAGUAAAUUAUGUGGUAGACACUGACUUGUAGAUACUUCCUGUACCUUGAAAUUUAUAUGACGUAGCGUUUAGCUCCGACGUAUACACAGUACACGUAUACAUGAAUAUAUAUUAUUACCAGAAUAUUAGCGCAUAGUCCUUUAUAUAGAAGGUACAACCGUGAGAUCGUAAGUAAUCGAGAAGCAAGUCCGAUAUAUAUAAACAAAUCGAGAGAGUCGCGUAAAAGCUCUCGCAUGUAAAACGGAUUUCGAACGGUGUAAUGUGCAAUAACGAAGAGCGAUCUAGUGCGGUCGCGAUAUGUGGUGCGAUCCAGUAUUUUUGUUUUUAGCAUGACAGACCACCGAUGUUCCAAAUCGACUUCACUAGAUAGUCUUGUGUACUCCGAA